UUAUCUCUAUAUGCGUUUGCAGCGCGCCUUUCAGAUGUGCAGUUGCACCGCAUUCUUUUAGCUUACGUACACUGUUACUGGUCUGCACUUGAAAGAAAAUCACGCAACGUCUAUCUUGCUUCACCUGAAUGCUCAGCCGUGUGUAAACCGCCAAAGAUCUGUUGACGACACAAUGCGGUCAAUUGUUCAUAGCGGCCAAGAUUUCUGACCAUCCCUGUGGUGACGUAAUACUGAACCGUUUGUUUUGCGAAAACCUGGUUGUUUUUCGUGAUUUUUUAACAGUCAGCAUGCUACCGCUUGUUAAAAUCAUAUGUAGCGCAUUUGGACAUGUGCAUUAGUGCGGUGUACAGCUGUUUUGGGAUUUGGUUAGCUUUAGACGCAUGCUUGGCAGUUGCAACCCCAUAUGCUUUAACGAGCAUAAUUCGGAUACGGAUGUUUAGAACAUGCAGAUUAUGAUCACAAACCAUUUCGCUGUAAAUUAAGAUGUGGUCGUUAUAAACAUUACUGGUUGUUGUGUCAUUUUGAGGUUUUAAAUAGUAUACAGUCUAUUUAUAACACGUUUAUACACCAUGCGCCUUUUGUAUUUGGAAUGUUAAACUAAUUCCUUGCUUUAUAUCUGUCUAGAAACGAGUGAGUUACAACAAAAUAUAGCAUUGUUUGUAGGUAUUAACCGUGUGGGACUAACUUAUAGGCAGAGAUAUAUAAUACUGAUAAGACGUUUUAAAUCUGGCUAACGCAAACUAAGAGCUUGAUUGAGGUAAUUAAGGCUAUCUACGAUCAACAUAAAAAGUCACUCAAGUUUUGAUAUGUUGAUACCCGGCAUCGUGAUUGAAAAGGAAGUAAUAGAUUUUAUCAGCCACGAUUUCUGCCGCAAUACUUAGCUUAGCUGGGUUAUGCGGAAGUUUACGCCUGUGAUGCUCCGUUAGAACAGGCACUUGCUUACACUUGUGCUAAAGAUAACAACACCUGCCGGCAGGGUAUUAUUAAAUCGAGUAGAUAACUUUGAGUAUUCGGGGGACAAUGUUUAGUGUUUAUCCUGUUCCUCUUGGAUUAGCAAAAAGAUCAUCGUUUGCAGAUAACAAGUCGUGCCUGCGAAAGUCACGUAAUAGAGCACCAUGUAAACCACACAAGUUGUUUAAGUUUGAUUAUACCUAAACCAACCCAUGUUUUGACAAACCGAUGACAGGCAGCUGCGCAGGUGGAAAGGUGGAGAUAAAUCAUUGCAAACAAAGAAACAUUUGUAAAACUGUCUUUAAGUAAUGACCUUCUGCAGAAACUUUUUUCAUUCCUUCUAUUUUUUUUCCAAACAAAACCACUCGCGUUUAAAACCUCUGCUGUGCUGUUCGAGCGGUUCCAAAUUUUCAAUAUUGGUAUCAAUGUAUAAUAACAGAAAAUGGUAUUUGUUAGGUGGAUAUACCUGAACUAUUGCCUGGAAUUUUGCUAAGUACAGAGCGGUUAUGACGCAAAAAAGGAAAUAGCUAUUUAAAGUCAGAUCACCGUAAAUUGUAACAAACGCGAAGUGCGUCAGUGUUACUGUAGUUGUUGUAAAUGCGUACCUGCAAUCUAAACAUAGUGGUUUGUCAUUGUGUUCCGGAUUUAUUAUGCUUAGAGUGGCACACGCGUAGAACGAAUUAAAAUUCAUUGUUUAGUGCUGUCCGCAGGUGCCGCAGGAGCAAUUUUGUGGGCUUCGUACGUAUAGACUGCGUUUACGCGUUCUACGUCAGACGUCUGCAAAAUAUAUGAUUAGAAAGCUAUGUUAGAUUUUAAGUAUUCCAAACAUUGGUAAAUAAGAGAGUGACCAUAAAAGGAACUGCAAAACAACAAUUUCGGAAUUACGGCAUAAUAAACCACAGAAUAAGAGCAUUGUAUUUCUAUAAGCGACGACUCGGACUCGGAUUGUCUUGACAGUGACGCAAGUUGCGAUCCGAACAAUAACGAAGGAACAGAAAACUACACCAGUAAACGAAACAACGAAGUUUACUUUGCAAAGCCAGCAGCUCAAAUUAUGAACAAGGCACGUUUUCUCAUAACGAAGACGUGAUCAUAUCGCGGCCAAAAAGCAUGGACAACAAUGCCGCUGUCUCAUUUUCCGAACUUUCUAGAAGAACAACUACUUCGUCGAGAGACGAGUCGCUUGUGACUUUAAGCGACAAAGCCGAAGGUGAAUUUUCAAAGCAACAACGAGCAGGACACGAGUCAACUUAUGCGUCAACCGAUGACGAAGCGGAUGAGGAACCACUAGUCGGCCGCAGGAAAUUAAGAUUUGUCCGCCAGAGGUCAAACGAGAGCUGCCUGAAUUCGAACAGCAACAACAACAUUAAGUACAGCGGUGGUAAAUCAUCUGAUGAUAAUAAAGGAGGGGAGUUUAAAAUGGGGAACGGGCAACUAAACCGACGAAGGGUGAAACGAACACGGUCCGGCACUUCACCUUAUAUGGGGCUGAAGGAUGGAGAAGUGAGACGCAAUCCAUGGCGGAACCAUAGCGUUCAGUUAACAUCUAUACGAGCCCGCUCUAGUGGGGAUAAUAAUAAGAAACGAAACUGGGCAGCAAAAAAAUAUGUUUACAAUCAACGUUUAAUACAGAAGAAUGGUACAACAAACGUGCACAUUAAAACAAAGGGGAUGGGAAGACUGAACGUAUUUUCUCGGUUUUCCAGUGAUAUCUUUACAACAUUAUUAGACUCAAGCUGGUCUUGGAUCCUAUUCAUAACUAUGACCGUCUAUGUUGGGCAUUGGAUUAUUUUUGGGAUCCUGUAUUGGGUAUUUGCCGUCGCGAACAAUGAUUAUGAGAAGAUAUUUGGGCCAACAGUAACUGUACACGAAGCAAGUUCACAUCCCACGUUUUCCAACGCAACAGCUACCACAGCGACCUCUACAGGCAGCGAAACACCAUGUGUUUUCGAAGUUUAUGACCUUCUCUCCGCGUUUCUAUUUUCAAUGGAAUCAGAAACAACUAUAGGUUACGGUCUUCGGGGAAUGACAACCACUUGCCCAAUUGCGGUUGCUUGUCUUACAAUUCAAUGCAUCGUUUCCGCAAUAUUUGAUACGUGGGUGAUCGGAAUGUGCUACGCAAGGUUGGCCAGCCCUUCCGCAAGAUCGAGGACAACACUGUUUUCUCAAAAUGCUGUGAUUUGUAAACGAGACGGUAAAAGGUGUCUUUUGGUAAGAGUUGCCAAUUUGCGGAAAAGCUUGCUACUCAAUGUUUCCGUUAGAGCAAAACUAAUCAACUUGACAGGUGUUGGAGCAAAUGAGAAACAUUCCGGUUAUCAACUAAUGUUGGAACAGCGAGACUUGGCGUUUCAAAAUAACGCUACCACACUCCUGACAGCGCCUGUUGAAUACUGCCAUAUUAUUGAAAAAAACAGCCCGCUUUUUGGUAUACCGUCGGACAUGUACCAUCGUUCCAAGCAGAAUCGAUUCGAGAUCGUGUUCAUCUUAACUGGAACAUUAGAAUCGACAGGAAUGACAAUGCACGCCCAAACCUCUUACCUCAGUUCAGAGAUAGAUUACGGGCACAGAUUCGCGCCUAUUUUGUCGAAAAAUUAUGCGAAGUCUCAAUAUGAAGUGAAUUUCAAACGCUUUCAUGAUACAGUCCCCGAACCCAUUUCACUGCGUAAUUAUGACGUCACGAACGAUUCGACGCUAAACGGCCGCUCUGUUGUGACGUCAUUAAUCGAAGAGACAGAAGAAGACAUAAUAUCAGUCAGUGACGAAGUUUUUUCAGCUGUCUAGUUGCCGCGGAUGGUUUUCAGGCCGUUUUCUUUUUACGAUACAAUAUCCUAUUCGUGCCUUUUCCGCUUUGCUAAUAUUUUUAGCCGUUCACGAGUUCCAGGUGUUUCCAAUCGCAGUGUUACUUGUAAUUCGAUGAUGUUUAUAUUUAUGCAUAAGUGCUUUGGUUGUGGUAAUGAGUUUAACUUGUAAUUCGUUUCAUCUUGUUUAUAAGUCUAUAAUCGAGCAACCUAUUCUGUCACAGCGGUCCCAUGAAAUUCAAUUGGUUCAUGAUACUCUUUGUUCUUAUAGCCAAUAUUCAUAUUAGUAAUUUAAACUAUGCAUUUGGCUUAGUGGCGCUCGCUCCUUAAUAAUUAUUUUAUCUCGCAAAGGCUUCAUAUACAUAUAUUAUAACGCGCGUUGUUUAAUUUAUCACUUACACUGUUGCGCAAUAUUUUCGGUUAAUACAUUCAUUGAUUUAAUUAA